GCGCAUUUGUCCCGACCCGAGCCCCUCCUCCCGUUCCUCCGCUUGAUCACUCGCGCCUGGUGCCCACCAACUCCGCCUCGACCUGACGUGAGCCCUGCUGACCCGAGCCCCUCCCCGUUCCUCAGUCGCGCGCGCCGCCUCCCGCACUCGCGCAGGGCGCAAAGGCAAAGCACCGCCGCCGCUGAGCGCCGAGAGGAGCAGAGCGGGAUCCGAAGCCUCAGUUUGUGAUUAUUUAUCGUCCUUGCCUCACGAAAGCCUCAAUGGGUGGAUGCUGACCGUGCUGACCCCGUCACGCGCGUCCCGCCUGCUCCGCGUCUUUUCUCAUCUCGAAGCUAGGGUUUUGCCCGCCGCCGCCAUCCGACUCUCCUCCUCGGCAUCGUCCUCAUCCUCAUCUUCCCCAGCCGCAUCCGCCGCCCCGCCUCCGAUGGAUGCGCCGUCGGAGUGGACGGCCCGGCGGGUCCGGGAGCAGUACAUCAGCUUCUUCGUGUCCAAGGAACACACGAGGUGGCCGUCGAGUCCCGUGGUCCCCGUCGACGACCCCACGCUGCUGUUCGCCAACGCCGGGAUGAACCAGUACAAGCCGGUCUUCCUCGGCACGGCUGCGCCGGACUCGCCGCUCGGCCGCCUGCGCCGUGCCUGCAACACCCAGAAGUGCAUCCGCGCCGGCGGGAAGCACAACGACCUCGACGACGUGGGCAAGGACACCUACCACCAUACCUUCUUCGAGAUGCUCGGGAACUGGUCCUUCGGGGACUACUUCAAGGAGGAGGCCAUCGGAUGGGCCUGGGAGCUUCUCACCCAGGUAUAUAAAUUGCCCACUGAUAGAGUUUACGCCACAUACUUUGGUGGUGAUGAGAAAUCUGGUCUUGCUGCUGAUGUUGAAUCGAAGAACAUUUGGUUGAAAUAUCUACCGAAAGAAAAGGUUCUGCCUUUCGGCUCCAAGGAUAACUUUUGGGAGAUGGGUGACACUGGUCCUUGUGGGCCAUGUACUGAAAUUCAUUUUGAUCGUAUUGGCAACCGUGAUGCUGCUUCCUUAGUUAACAAUGAUGAUCCAACUUGUAUCGAGAUAUGGAACCUCGUAUUCAUUCAGUUCAAUAGGGAGGCAGAUGGCUCAUUGAGACCUUUGCCAGCAAAACAUGUGGACACUGGGAUGGGCUUUGAGCGUUUAACUUCUAUCCUUCAGAAUAAAAUGAGCAACUAUGAUACAGAUGUAUUCAUGCCAAUAUUUGAUGCCAUUCACCAAUUGGCUGGCGAUGGAAUUCAGCCAUACUCUGGUAAAGUAGGUUCUGAUGAUAUUGGCAAAGUUGACAUGGCUUACAGAGUAGUUGCUGACCACAUAAGAACCCUUUCUUUCGCUAUCGCUGAUGGUUCUCAACCUGGUAAUGAGGGAAGAGAGUAUGUUCUGAGGCGCAUACUUAGGCGAGCUGUCCACUUUGGCCAUCAGAAAUUGAAGGCAAAGCAAGGAUUUUUUAGCUCGCUUGUAAAUGUUUUUGUCCAAUUGAUGGGUGAUGUAUUUCCUGAGUUAAAAGACAAUGAAAAGAAGAUCAAAGAUAUUAUUAGAGAUGAAGAAGAAAGCUUUGAGAACACUCUAGCAAAGGGUUAUGAAAAAUUUAAGAAAGCUGCAGAUGCUGUUAAGGAUAAUGGUGGAACUGUACUUAGUGGCCAGGAUGCUUUUGUUCUUUGGGACACUUACGGUUAUCCAAUUGAUUUGACUGAGGUCAUGGCAAUCGACUACGGGCUGACUGUUGAUAAGGAGGGUUUUAAUGCUUCUAUGGAAGAAGCGAGGCAAAAAGCUAGAAAUGCUCGUAACAAGUCUGGAGGAAAGUCUAUUGCUUUGGAUGCGAAUGCUACAGCACAUUUGCGCAAACAGGGGCUUGCCAGCACGGAUGAUAACCCAAAGUUUCUGUGGCCCAAGGAACAUGAAAGUGUGGUGAAGGCUAUCUAUACUGGCUCAGAAUACAUUACUACAGCUACUGGUGAUGAGGACUUUGGCCUUGUGCUGGAAAGUACAAGUUUCUAUGCCGAACAGGGUGGCCAGAUAUUUGACACUGGGAGCAUUGAGGGGUCUUUUGGAACUUUUAAUGUGAAUAACGUCCAAGUGUUUGCUGGCUAUGUUCUACAUAUUGGCUCAUUUGCAAAAGGUUCCAAGGUUUUGUCUCUUGGUGAUAGUGUGAUAUGCAAGGUUGAUUACAACCGGCGCACACUGAUUGCUCCAAACCAUACGUGUACUCACAUGUUGAACUUUGCUCUAAGGGAAGUACUUGGUGAUCAUGUUGACCAGAAGGGUUCAAUUGUUCUACCGGAGAAGCUGAGAUUUGAUUUCUCUCAUGGAAAACCUGUCCAGCCUGAAGAUUUGAGAAAAAUCGAGUCCAUAGUGAACCAGCAAAUAAAGGAUGAGCUGGGUGUAUAUGCACUUGAAAUAAAACUAGAGGAUGCGAAGCGCAUAAAUGGUCUUCGUGCUGUGUUUGGUGAAAUCUACCCUGAUCCAGUAAGAGUUGUAUCAGUUGGUCGCAAAGUGGAAGAUCUGCUUGCAGAUCCUGAUAGCAAAGAGUGGUUAUCCAUAUCGACUGAACUAUGUGGAGGUACACAUAUCACAAACACAAGAGAUGCUAAAGCAUUCGCACUCUUAUCUGAGGAGGGUAUUGCAAAAGGUGUUAGGAGGAUAACAGCCGUGACUGCUGGAUGUGCCACCCAGGCUAUGGAGUUGGCAUCAUCUAUUGAUUCUGAUAUCAAUGAAGCAUCUCAGUUGGAGGGAGCUUUGUUGGAAAAGAAAAUUGCUUCCAUCAAGAGUGGGCUGGACGCAGCUGCUAUCCCUGCUGCAAAAAAAGCUGAUUUGAGAGGCAAGGUUUCAAAGUUAGAGGAUGAACUUAGGAAGGCAAAGAAGAAAAUGGGUGAGCAAAAUAUACAAAAGGCUGUGAAGUCUGCAAUGGACGCCGCAGAAGCUGCUCUUUCAGGAAAUAAGCUGUUUUGUGUUACUCAUGUCGACGUGGGUCUUGAUACCACGGCUGUCCGGGAGGCGGUUAUCAAAGUCAUGGACAAGAAGGGUUUGCCUAUAAUGUUAUUCAGCACUGAUGAGGCAUCAAACAAAGCUGUUAUCUAUGCUGGUGUGCCUCCCAAUGCUCCUAACGGCUUCAAGGUGUUGGACUGGCUAACACCUUCAAUUGCACCACUCAAGGGAAGAGGGGGUGGCGGCAAGAACGGCAUCGCCCAGGGCCAGGGAAGUGACGCUUCUCAGCUCAAGGAAGCAAUGGCACUUGCGAACAGCAUUGCUUCAAUGAAGCUCAGCUGAUUGGUGAUAACUGGUGCACUCCCCCAUGGGAUCUUAUGCGUGGGUGCUGUGGCUUUUAGUUUUCCAUUUACCCAAUGUACUUAACAUAAGUUCAAUGGUGUUCACAGUUUCAUUUUUACUUACCAUUACCAUACAAUCGGAAGCACAGGGCAUGUAAUGCAACAGCACAAAGCUUGUCCGAUUUGACGAAAGGUUCUAUAGAUGUACAAGCUGGCUUUGGUGUGCCAUCAUUUAAAUUCCGCAACUGCCGGAGAUGCCUUGACCAAAUUGGGGCCGCGUGCAUAUAUAUGUACAUGAUACAUGUCUCGCCUUCUCGACAAUUAAUUUGAAUAGUGUGAUGUGCGGAUGUGCUACCCUUGUAAUAAUAUUUUAAUGGGAAGUAUGAUUGAACUUCGUGAGGUUAAACAUAAUCCUUGAAGGUA